AGCUUCGGCCGACUCAUUGCACCGCCACAGUAAUCCCGUUUUGGUUGAACGGGGCACUUUCUCUUCAAUUGUAUACAACAGCGGCCUACCCUCUUGCUGGCCAGACGCCAGAAGGAAGACGCUAAUGUCUUUCCUACCACGUCUUUUCAAGCCCCCAGCGGCGAAUUGUAGAGCAUAUUCAUCUUUUUUCUCGUCUAAACCAGGCGGUGGUCGAUACUUCAAUUCCGCAAAACCUCCCAAGCCUGUCGUUUCUUCUGGCAGAGCAAAGGUUGAUAAUGGCAACACUAGUGUCGCAUCCAGCGACGGAACAAGCAGUAGCAGCUCUGGUAAUGGGAAUGCGAACGGCAAGAUGAAGGUCGCAGGUGCAGAUGAAAAUCCAUCAAUUCCAACUUCGAAUGCAGUCGAUGCAGCACGAAAUACACCUUCCAUGCCAUUCACAUCGCCUUCCGCAUUUUCAAGCCAAUUCCACAACCAAGUCCAUCCCACAAUAUCGUCACAGGAUUUCAAUCUCCACCAAUUUUUCUCGUUGCACCGACCGCUUCUGCUCUUAUCUCAGCCGCCAUCCACCAUCUUUGAGUCCGCGCCGCAAGACGCGCCUCUUUUUCACUCGCCAGAAGAGAUGCCAAAGAUUCAGUUGCAGUCGGGGCAAUUUCCUACCCUCGAUGAGCCGCCAGAAUCUUCGUUCGAGACCGAUGCUGAUGCCGCGAGGCAGCUCGGACAUGCAUUGGUCAUGAAUCGCGUGGGUGGAAUAGUGUCCUGGCAAGACACUUUAGCAAAGCUCGGUUUGGGUGGGGAGAGUGCAGAAGGCAGUGCAAUUAAUGCGAAAGAGUCUGCACAGGAGUGGGUCACUAUCUACGCUGAUAGCACAAAGCGUAAGAAGCGAAAGAAGAUGAAGAAGCACAAGUUGAAGAAGCGCCGCAGAGUCAGUCAUCGCUCUGAAUACUAACUUCCUUGCUAAUAUACCUUUGUCUUCACAGCUCACUCGCAUGCAACGUCAGAAUGCAAAGUAGACGAUCUGAACAUUUGGCCACCUGGCACGCCGUGAUGUAGCCGUAUUAAUUUCUCAGAUACAUAUUUUACAUUCUUCUUGCACCCCUCACCCAAUCAU